AUGGUGGUCCUAGUACAUGCGAGGCAAGUUGGUGUCACGCAUCUGUGGUGUGACGUUGGAGUCACAAGUUGGGGUCACGCAUCUGUGGUGCAACGUUGGAGUCACAAGUUGGUGUCACACAUCUGUGGUGCGACGUUGGAGUCACAAGUUGGUGUCACACAUCUGUGGUGCGACGUUGGAGUCACAAGUUGGUGUCACACAUCUGUGGUGCGACGUUGGAGUCACAAGUUGGUGUCACGCAUCUGUGGUGCGACGUUGGAGUCACACGUUUGUGUCACGCAUCUGUGGUGCGACGUUGGAGUCACAAGUUGGUGUCACGCAUCUGUGGUGCGACGUUGGAGUCACAAGUUGGUGUCACACAUCUGUGGUGCAACGUUGGAGUCACAAGUUGGUGUCACACAUCUGUGGUGCGACGUUGGAGUCACAAGUUGGUGUCACACAUCUGUGGUGCGACGUUGGAGUCACAAGUUGGUGUCACGCAUCUGUGGUGCGACGUUGGAGUCACACGUUUGUGUCACGCAUCUGUGGUGCGACGUUGGAGUCACAAGUUGGUGUCACGCAUCUGUGGUGCGACGUUGGAGUCACAAGUUGGUGUCACGCAUCUGUGGUGCGACGUUGGAGUCACAAGUUGGUGUCACACAUCUGUGGUGUGACGUUGGAGUCACAAGUUGGUGUCACACAUCUGUGCUGCGACGUUGGAGUCACAAGUUGGUGUCACGCAUCUGUGGUGCGACGUUGGAGUCACAAGUUGGUGUCACAAAUCUGUGGUGCGACGUUGGAGUCACAAGUUGGUGUCACGCAUCUGUGGUGCGACGUUGGAGUCACAAGUUGGUGUCACACAUCUGUGGUGUGACGUUGGAGUCACAAGUUGGUGUCACGCAUCUGUGGUGCAACGUUGGAGUCACACCUUUGUGUCACGCAUCUGUGGUGCGACGUUGGAGUCACAAGUUGGUGUCACGCAUCUGUGGUGCGACGUUGGAGUCACAAGUUGGUGUCACGCAUCUGUGGUGCGACGUUGGAGUCACAAGUUGGUGUCACACAUCUGUGGUGCGACGUUGGAGUCACAAGUUGGUGUCGAGCAUUUUUGGUGCGACGUUGGAGUCACACGUUUGUGUCACGCAUCUGUGGUGCGACGUUGGAGUUACAAGUUGGUGUCACGCAUCUGUGGUGCGACGUUGCAGUCACAAGUUGGUGUCGAGCAUUUGUGGUGCGACGUUGGAGUCACACGUUUGUGUCACGCAUCUGUGGUGCGACGUUGGAGUCACAAGUUGGUGUCACGCAUCUGUGGUGCGACGUUGGAGUCACAAGUUGGUGUCACGCAUCUGUGGUGCGACGUUGGAGUCACAAGUUGGUGUCACGCAUCUGUGGUGCGACGUUGGAGUCACAAGUUGGUGUCACGCGUCUGUGAAACAAAGAGACAGAGCUAUGAGGACACCGGCAUCGUCUUCAGUCAUGAAAGCCUUUCCUGAAGAUCCUCCAGGUCUAGAUUACAGGUAACCAGAUCCUCCUCAGAAGCACAAGCACCAGCAAAGCUUGAAAACCCUCAUUCCGUUCCGUUUUGGCUCAUACUCGCACCCAGUUGAUGAUGCUGGUUUCUUCUCCUUCGCAACAUUUGCAUGGAUGACACCCAUGAUGUGGAGGCUCUUUAGGAAUCGAUUAAAUGAGGACUUUUCCUCUCUCUCACCUCAUGAUGGAGCCCACAUCAAUGAAGAGAGGUUCCAGAGACUGUGGGCCGAUGAAGUUGCCCGUGUGGGCCUAGAGAAGGCUUCUCUUCCUGCUGUGGUCUUUCGUUUUCAGAAGACAAGAUUAAUGGUGUCAUUCUUGGCUUCAAUCCUAUUUACUUUUGCUGUAUUUAUUGGGCCGUCAAUUCUAGUGUAUGAAAUCCUGAACUACGUCGAACACCCCGAGACAUCCACGGUGUUCUACGGCGUCGGUGUGUGUGUGGCUCUGUUCACAUCUGAGUUCAGCAAGGCAUUUUUUGCAUCACUCAUGUGGGCUGUGAAUUUGCGAACCGCUGUGAGAAUGAAGGGAGCGUUCAACAUGCUUGCUUUCAGGAAAAUCCUCUCUCUCAGGAAUCUCACCAGCAUCAGUGUAGGAGAGACUAUAAACGUGUUGACGAGUGAUGGUUAUCGGGUGUUUGACGCGGUCCUGUUUGGAACCUGUCUGCUGUUUGUUCCUUUUCUGCUGAUCAUAUGUAUCAUAUAUGCCUGCUUUAUUCUGGGAUACACGGCACUAAUGGGAAUUUUGGUGUACCUGGUGUUCCUACCAAUACAGAUAUCAGUUGCCAGGCUGAUUGGUGUGUUGAGAAGGGAGGCUGUGUCUGUGACGGACAGCCGUGUUCGCACCAUGAAUGAGGUUCUGACCUGCAUCAAACUCAUUAAGAUGUAUGCGUGGGAGGAGUCUUUCGAGAAAACAAUCACAGAUAUUAGGAAAAAUGAGAAGUUGCUCUUACAAAAGGCUGGUUAUGUUCAGAGUUUAAACCGAGUAUUAACAAUGAUAGCCCCCACACUGGCAACCGUCCUCGCCUUCAUUGUCCACAUUGCACUGAAACUGCCUCUUCAACCUUCCACUGCGUACACUGUCAUCGCUGUAUUUAACUGCUUGAAGAUGUCUAUGGGCUUGUUGCCAUUCUCUGUUAAAGCUGUUGCUGAGGCUAAAGUGGCUCUUGCGAGACUCAAGAAACUCUUGUUGGUACAGAACCCCAAAGGUUAUCUUACGCAGAAUAAAAAUAUGGAUGUGGCGCUGGUCAUGGAAAAUGCCUCAUUCUCUUGGAGCCGGCCAGAUGACAUGAACGGCACUGAAAGACCACAAGAUCCCUCUCAAAGCGCCACACACCAGUCAGACUCCAAACCUUCAAUCAGAAGCAUCAGCUUCACUCUUUCAAAGGGAAGUCUGCUUGGGGUGUGUGGCAAUGUUGGAAGUGGAAAAACCUCUUUGAUAUCAAGUAUUCUUGAGCAGAUGCAUCUUGUGAGUGGGUCUGUAUCAGCUAAUGGAACAUUUGCAUAUGUUUCCCAGCAAGCCUGGAUAUUCCACGGGACUGUAAGGGACAAUAUCCUCAUGGGAGAACCAUUUGACCAAACCAGAUAUGACCGUGUUAUUCAUGCCUGCUGUCUGAAACCUGAUCUGGAAAUACUUCCAUAUGGAGACCAGACAGAGAUUGGAGAGCGAGGUAUUAAUCUUUCAGGUGGUCAGAAACAGAGAGUCAGUUUAGCCAGGGCAGUGUAUUCUAACAGAGACAUUUUCCUUUUGGAUGAUCCUCUGUCUGCUGUCGAUGCACACGUUGGGAAGCACAUUUUUGAGGAAUGCAUCAAGAAAGAGCUGAAGGGCAAAUCAAUCAUUCUGGUCACGCAUCAGCUGCAGUAUUUGGAGUUUUGUGAUGAGGAGGUGUUGUUGGAUAAUGGGGAGAUAAAGGAGGCAGGAACUCACAGAGAUUUGAUGAAAGCUAAAGGCCGCUACGCUCAUCUUAUUAACAGCGUCCAGAUGGAACAGAGCAACGUAGAAGCGGAUUCCAAAACACAUACUGAACACAAUGACUCUGAACAGAGCAAUGCAGACGAGCCCAAAGUCAGCGGCGUAGACAACACAGCUUUUGAAAUGUCUGAUGAGCAACAUGUUACAAAUAAAUUACCCAAAGACUCUGCAGAAACAAAAGGGGAAAAGGAUCAGUUGGUAACACAGGAAUUGUCCUGUGAAGGUUCAGUUUCGUGGAGGAAUUACCACCAAUACUGCCAAGCUGCGGGAGGGUAUAUACUGCUGGCAGUUGUUUUACUCAUCUUCACUCUUCAUGUGGGAUCGACUACUUUCAGCAGUUGGUGGCUCACUUACUGGUUAGAACAGGGAUCGGGGAACAUUUCCAGUUCUAAUCUAACAGCAAAAAGCGGUAAUAUCUCUGAGAAUCCAGACCUGUCAUUCUACCAAAUGAUUUAUGGACUUAUUAUAGUUGCCCUGUUACUGCUGAGUGUUGCCAAGGCCUACACCUUCACUAAAGUCACUCUGCGUGCCUCCUCCAAACUCCAUGACACAAUGUUCAAACGGAUCCUUGGCAGCCCAAUGAGUUUUUUUGACACCUCUCCCACCGGCCGCCUGGUGAACCGCUUCAGUAAAGACCAAGAUGAGGUUGAUGCAGCUUUGCCGUACAACAUGGAGAACUUUUUGCAGUUCUGUCUGAUCGUUACUUUCACCAUUCUCACCAUCUGCGUAGUGUUCCCAUUCCUCCUGAUCGCCAUGCUAGUUCUCGGAGUCAUCUUUGCCACAAUCCUACAUGUUUUCCAAAGGAGCAUUCGUCAGAUGAAGAGGAUGGAGAAUGUGAGUCGCUCUCCCUGGAUCUCUCUCACCACCUCUUCAAUACAGGGACUCAGCACCAUCCAUGCCUUUGACAAAAGAAAGCAGUACAUUGAACGGUUUAAGACGCUGAGCGACAUCAACUCAAACCACUUCCUGCUGUUUAAUUGUGGGACUCGCUGGCUGUCAUGUUGGUUAGGCUUCUUGUCUGCUACUGUUACUCUAAUGGUGGCACUGUUCGUAGUGCUCAGCCCCAAUGAGGCCAUAAACCCUUCUCUAAAGGGCCUGGCCUUAUCCUACACGAUACAGUUGACUGAAAUCCUUCAGUAUGUGGUGAAAUUGUCCACUGAGGUGGAGGCGAAGUUCACCAGUGUAGAGAGACUGCUGGAGUAUAUUACGAGUUGUGUAUCAGAGGGUCCACGAAGUGUCAAGGGUGCUCACGUCCCCGCCGGCUGGCCACAGGAGGGCGCCAUCACCUUUCAAAACUACAGUAUGAGAUACAGGGACAACACGCCCAUAGUCCUCAGUAAUCUCCACAUAAGUAUUAAUCCAGGGGAAAAACUUGGCAUUGUGGGACGUACUGGCUCUGGGAAGUCCUCUCUGGCUGUGGCGUUGUUCCGCUUGGCAGAGCCGACCGAGGGCACUAUUUUAAUAGAUGAUGUGGACAUCUGCAAGCUGGGGCUGAGAGAUCUCCGCAGCCAACUCUCCGUCAUCCCACAGGAUCCUGUCCUCUUCAUCGGCACUGUCAGGUAUAACCUGGACCCGUUUAACAACUACACAGAUGAGGAGCUCUGGCUGGCGUUAGAAAAGGCCUACAUGAGGGACACGAUUGCUAAGCUGCCUGAGAAGUUACACUCUCCAGUAGUGGAGAACGGAGAGAAUUUCUCAGUUGGAGAGCGGCAGCUCAUGUGUAUGGCCAGAGCACUGCUCCGUAAAUCCAAAAUCAUUCUAUUGGAUGAGGCGACGGCGUCUAUAGACUCCGAGACUGACAGCAUGAUCCAGCGCACCAUCAGAGAGGGUUUCCAGCACUGCACAAUGCUCACAAUCGCCCACAGGAUCAACACGGUGUUGGAGAGUGACCGCAUACUCGUCAUGGAGCAGGGCAAGGUGGUCGAGUUUGAGCCGCCGCAGGACCUGAUCCAGAGGCCGAACUCUCUGUUCGCCUCUCUUCUAGCAGCAGCGAAUCAAGUGAACUCGUGAAGCUC